AUGAGCUUUCUCAGAAAGAAGAGCUUGGCAAACUUUGGAGAGUUUGAAGACGCUAAUGAGAUACUGGGAAACGAUGCAGAAGACUGGAUGUGUGAAGAAAAUCCAUCAAUGCUUGCUAGUAUAUGUAGACGUGUUGGACAGAAAAGCAAAGCAAUCCAGGCAUUGCAGAAAAAAUCCAAUCAGAGAAUCAACAGGAAUACCUACUUACUUGAAAUCCUUUCGACGUAUGUAUACUUCGGAGACUACGAAGGAGCCAUCCAAAGAGGUAAGCUUAUUGAUUCAAGGGAUGAACCGAUAGAAAGACUGAUGACACAGAUAGAAAUACACCAGAGCACAAAUGAAGCAAAAAUAUGCUGUGGAACAGAUGAAUCUAGAAUACUAACCGAUCGCAUAAUACAGUAUUUAUCAAAAUACUUCAAUGUAGAUGUUUUUGAGCUUCUAAAGAAUAUUCUUACUAAAUUCUGUAAUAACAAUGUAUUAUGCAAUGAUAAAAAUUGUGGAUCCAAAAUCAUUGAUAUGCUUGUAAAGCAAUAUAAUAUGGAAUAUCUUCAAAUGCAAACACUGGAUGCUCUCAAAUAUCUUUAUCAUAGCAUUGGAAUCUUGGAUGCAUUGAGAGUCAUGGUAAUUAGAACUCCAACAAUUGAUGAAAUGUACUUUGAUGAGUUUGUGCAAAAAUGCAAUCCCACAAACGAUGAAAUACUCUCAAUCCUAGAAAGAAUUUACAUUCCAUCGGUACAUAAUGCAAUUGACAACAGCUUAAUGACUGAGUGUGCUUUAAAAGUCAUGAAUCAUACAAAGAAACGUAGCAAUAGAGAAGUAAAGCUAAAUACAUCCUACUCUAAGAAAAUACCAGACAGCCAGCAAAGCAAGUACAUUAAGAUAAUAUCUCAAGAUAAAAAACACAAUAAAUAA